CCGUGUUAUAAUUAUAUUAUGACUUGUUUUAAUUGUUUUAGACAGAGAAAUGAAAAUAUGGCUCUCUCUCCUACACAAACAAACCACUGUUGUUUUUUCAGUUUGUGUCAUCAAAACCUACUCAGUGGAGCACAAAGAUAAAAUUGCCAAUGACUGGUUUCAGCUACGGUGCUGAAGUUCAAGUAAUCACAGAUACCAUGCAAAUGAAAAUUGAUCUCAUGAUACUACUAGUUUCAGAGUCAUAGACUCUUCCAGGAGGAACAAGUUAGGCAAUAUUUAAAUGAAUAUGAAAAACAAGCUGAAAAAAAUCAGAACUUUCAGACCUUAUUUUUAAUGCAUUUUUUAAUCCACAUAUUUAUGAGACAAAAAAGAUUAUGCUUGAGAGUUAUUAAGAAGGGGUAAAAUUACAUUAACCUUGAAGGAACAAGACCCAUGGAUUUCCUCUCAGGAUGAGAGGCAAGAAUUAGUAAUAUGAAAGCCAUAUGGAAAUUAUUAUUGCAGGACACAAAUGGUGGUAGAGGAAAAAGUGGCUUUUAUGUCUGCAGUCUCUAAAGAUUUGGUAAAAAGUAGCUUUUUCAUAUAUAGGAAUUUAGAAAGCUGUGAGUAAAGUAGAUAUGUAAGGGUUUUAGAGAAAUAAAGACUAGUGAAAUAUGGAUUACACAAUCAUGCACAUGGAAAAUGUCAGAUUUUACAGAGUCCUUAUGGAAUGAGAGAUGUUUCAGUAUCUUUAUCUAUAGUAGGAGUAGCUAAAUUGGUAGAUUUCAAAUAUUUUGAGUCCCAUAUCUAAGCCCUACUCCCCAGACCAGGAGGAAGAAACUGGAACAACUCUAACAAAUGUUUUGAGACUUCAGGAGUUGAGCCACCAAUUUUGUUUCAAGUUAAACUCAGUUGCCUACAUUACUGACAACAGUUGUAGCUGGAAACCUGUUGUUUGGACGUUGAACUAUGACAUCAUGGCAAGAUUUCACAGAAGAACGUGCAUUAUUUUGUUGCUUUUUAUUUUAUUCAUUUGCUCCAUGAUGAUGGCUUUGAAGACUCUGAGACCUGACAGAGCUGGUUUUGGGGAUCCAUUUGGACUUGGUCUCUUACCGGAACUUCAACGGACAACACUCUUGGAAAAUAAACACAGUCCCCUAACUGCUGCCAGGGGGGAUAGCGUAACACACACCAAUAAUUUGCACACUGUUGCAUUGAAUAGCAUUAAAACAUCUAUGGCCUCUGUAAGAAAGAUGGAAGAAGAAUUGCCUUCCCCUAAUUAUAACUUUCAUGUGUUCUACUACAGCUGGUUUGGGAAUCCACAAUAUGAUGGUAAAUAUAUUCACUGGAACCAUCCACUGGUGCCACAUUGGGAUUCCAAAAUUGCAAACAAUUACCCAAAGGGAAGACACAAUCCUCCAGAUGAUAUUGCAUCCAGUUUUUACCCUGAACUUGGAACUUACAGCUCUAAAGACCCUUCUGUCAUAGAAGCCCACAUGCAACAAAUGCGUUCAGCCUCUGUUGGUGUCAUAGCCCUUUCAUGGUACCCUCCUGGUAUGGCUGAUGAAAAUGGGGAACCUGGUGAAGAUUUGGUGCCUGUUAUUUUGGAUAAUGCACAUAAACACAAUCUAAAGGUCACUUUUCAUAUUGAGCCAUAUAAAGAUCGAGAUGAUCACAGUAUGUACAGCAAUGUGAAGUACAUUGUAGACAAAUAUGGAGGCCAUCCAGCUUUUUACAGGCAUAAGACCAGCACAGGCAGAACCCUCCCCAUGUUUUAUGUUUAUGAUUCUUAUGUAACAAUCCCUGAAAUAUGGGCAAAUCUAUUAACUGUUUCUGGAUCCCAGAGCAUUCGCAAUACACCAUAUGAUGGAUUAUUCAUUGCACUUCUAGUGGAAGAAAAACAUAAACAUGAAAUCCACAGAAGUGGUUUUGAUGGAAUUUAUACAUACUUUGCCACCAAUGGCUUUUCUUAUGGCUCAUCUCAUCACAAUUGGCCAAGUCUAAAAGCCUUUUGUGACAGCAGCAACUUAAUGUUCAUUCCAAGUGUGGGACCAGGAUACAUUGACACCAGCAUCCGACCAUGGAAUAACCACAACACCCGCAACCGUGUUAAUGGGAAGUAUUAUGAGACUGCCUUCAGUGCAGCACUUUUGGUGCGACCAGAAAUUAUUUCCAUCACCUCUUUCAAUGAAUGGCAUGAAGGGACUCAAAUUGAAAAAGCUAUUCCUAAGAAAACUGGACAGGUAACUUACCUGGAUUACAAGCCUCAUAAACCAACUAUGUAUCUGGAGCUCACUCGCAAGUGGUCUGAGAAAUACAGUAAGGAAAAAGAACAAUGGCUUAUGUGAGGUGCCGCUGCCCUUGUUUGUAAAUACAUUCAGUCCAUCUCAGAGGUGAAAAUGACUCUGGAAAUUCUAAUUCAGCCAAUCAAGAUGUCUUUUAUCAUAAAUAUACUUAAAAAAAAUAACCUUUGAAUGUAGUAUGCGCUAUUACUGUACCUGUUAGAAUUAACUUUGACUCCUUUUAGGGGCUAAAAUAAUAGUGAGCAAUAUUGCAUCUCUAGGCUAUUUUAAUUCGAGAAUAUUUUGUGAAAUGCUAGAUGCUUUUUAUUCAUAAUCUUUAUGUAAAGCUUACAGAAACUCUAUCUGGAAUAAUUCAGAGGUGACUCAAGUAGAGUGAGACAGAAUUUAGCAUAUUUACAUUUAUUACCUUUAGCUAUAAAGCCGUGUUUCAGAGUUGAAUACUACUGUGAUUAGAAUUUUGUCUCGAUAGUUCCUCAGAGGAUAAAUAUUUGUGGUGCAUGAAAUAACAUAGCAAUUGUUAUAUCAUUUGUACACCUUGUAGCACGCGGAGAGUUUACUUUAACAUUUGCCUUGUCUGUGGUACAAACACUAAGAAUGGUGUGAAAUUGUUCUGAAAUUUACAGCUUUUAAAGCUUUUGGUUUCAAAAAUUGAUGAAAGGUUAUUUAACUCCAGAUUAGUCUUGUAUUUGGAUUUUGCAUUCUGUAUUUUUUUGUAACUAUGGAGUGUCAACAAAAUGCAUUGAGAUCUUCUAACUAGAUUAAAAUUAAAGAAGGAAUAACAGUAACUAAAAUGAGGGGGGAAAGUAUCUGAGUGAUGACAUUGCUCAAAAUAAGCUGUUUCUUAAACAAGAUUUUCUUUAAUGUUUACCAGGGAUAGACUUUUGUAUUACUUAUUGCAGACCUAGAUCCAGUGUUUGGAAAAAGUUGAAAAGAUUACAAGUCACAUAAAUAUUUACUAGUCCUACAAUUGAUUCAUUUUCUAGAGCAGUCUUUGUUACAUGAUUUUAGCAGCAAAUAGUCUUGGCCACUAGAAUGAAUUUUGUCUGUUAACUUGAAAGCUAAGAUUUCAAAUGGUUUCAGACAGUUCAUUGAUUUCCUGCAGUACUAAAGGUAGCAGCUACCAAAAUCAUGUCAGAAUUCAGGUGAGGAGAAAAUAAAGCAAGAUAGUAAUUGAGUGAUGGUCUUAUUGCAUUUCAUAACAUGUCAUUGCUAGAAAUGAGUGCUUAAUACUGUUUGAAAGCUGAGAUUCUCAGGUUUCAAUUAUUAUAAAUCAUUCAUUUGUAGACCUGGUUGUUUCUGAGACACUACUCAACAAUGGUCUAUGUCUAGCAAUGCUUUUUUGGCACUUACCCAGUUCUGAAUAGAGCAAAUCCCAUAGUGGUCCAAGUUUAGAGUUUCACUAUUUGGUUUCAUAGUUGUGGUUAAUUUGAGAGUACGUUGGCAAAUAUUUAAUCUGUAGCAUAGUAUAAUUGCUUUUUUUAUUUUAUUUUUACUUACUUUAGGCCCUGAUCCUGCAUUGUGAUUUUCAUGUAAACUGCCCAUUCGAGUCCCAUUGACUUAAUAGAAUUUUGUGCAGGCACAGUAAUCUGCCCAUGCAGUCGCAGUGCAGGAUUGAAAAAGUGAAACUUUAUUUCUGAAACAUGUUUAAAUUUCAUCUUAAUGACAUGAUGUUGCUGAUAUUUGUUAGUGACCUCUUAAUGUGAAGGAAGGAAGAGUUUAUCUGAAACUUGUCUCCAUAGAUUAAAGACAGUUUUCGCCAAACUUAUGCAGGGAAACUGUCUGAAAUUCUUUAACUGUUUUAUACAUCCAGGAUGGCAAAUUGUAUGUAAGAUUUCUCUUCCGAUUAUUUAAAUGAUUCUAUUAGUAAGCCCCCAAACAUCAUAGGCAUGGAAAUUCCAACUUGUUUAAAAAUAAGAUUAACAUAUAGGACCAUAUUCUCAGCUACAGCCAAGGGGUGUGGGGUGUAGCUUACAAAAGGGGCUGCAGAAGAGCCAUUUGUGGUUCCCAGUGGUGGGAUCAGUUCUGCGCUUGUUGGGUCCUAGUGUAGUUUAGAGCAGCCUCAAGAUUGUGUGUGCGCGUGCGUUUGUGUGUAUGUGUAUGUAUGUAUGUAAAUAAAAGGAGGGAGGGGGAGGGAAGGGGAGAAAGAGAAUAGAGCAUUGCCCUGCAUCUUGUGUAGUCACUUGUAUCGGGGCAGAGUGAGUGUAAAAUUCUACUAAAUCAUAACAAAUGCCCUGGUGUGACUACACAAAAUACAGAAUAGAGAGAAUCUGACCCGAAGUGUGAUAAGCAAUAAUCUUGGAUCCUAUCCUGCAUUCCAUGCAUACCCAUUGAAGAUAAAUUUGGGUAUGCAAGGAAUGCAGGAUUGUUUCCCUUUUGUGUAUUGAGAAAUGAGUAGCUUGGUGCCUUCAACAUGCCUGAGAAAUGCCUAUCUUGACUAAGGGCUUGUCUACACUAGAAGCACUACAGCAAUGCAGCUGUGCCACUGCAGCACGUCUGGUGAUGAUGCUCUAUGCUGACGGGAGAGAGCUCGCCUCUCAGCAUAAUAAAACCACUUCUGCGAGAAGGUCUCCCACCGACAUGGUGCUGUCUACACAGCGCUUAUAUCAGUGUAACUUAUGUCACUCAGAGCGGUGGCUUAUUCACACACCUGAGCGACAUAAGUUAUGCCAAUAUAAGCUUUAGUGUAGACCUAGCCUAAUAUGUAGUCUGGGAUGUUACAGUGCACCUUCAAUAUGUUGUAUUCUGUUAAAUGGUAUCUUCUAAAUAUUUUGCACCGUCAGACUUCAUUUCUAAGGAUCUCAAAAUUCAGUGAAUCAGUGACAGUGUAGGACAUAGAGCAGGUAUCAACUCUCUGCCCCCCCGUUCUAACCACUUUCAUACAGUCUCCUUAGGAAAUUAAUGUAUGCCCUUUUAGUAUUAGUUCUUUAAAUAACUAUACCUUUUUAUUUGUUUGUUUUAAAUUUGUUACUUCUUCUUUAAAGUAUUUACAAGCCUGGGAGUGCACAAUUACUUUAGUUAUUUCCUCAUUUCUAGCUUUCUAGCUCUCAGCAACUUAAAGGGAUGCUCAUGCUUCCUCCUACAUGAACUGGGAAAGGCUCAGACCAUCAGUAGUACUUCUGAAGUAAGAGGUUUUGAAGGGAGGAAGUCUCUUUAACUUAAAGUUUUUCUCAGCUUUAGGUCCUUUUCAUCUCUUGCAUACUGCUUCCUAGCACUUUUUAGACAGUUUACAUUCAACUUUUGGUUGCCUGUUUUUCCCCCACAGCCAACAUUUACUCUUCAAAUUUGACUGCUACAGUCCCUCCAGUUUAUGCUGGUUAUGGGACCCUUUGAAAUUAUUGUAACCCCACUAGUCAAUUGGAAAUAUCUUUCCCUAGUUUAAAAAAAAAUUGCUUCUUAACCAGUGACUUUGCAGUGGAAGCACAUUGUUCUCAAAGGUUCACAUAACAGCACCAAAGGGCAGAUUUUAAAAAAUAUUCAGAUGCUUGAAGAUGCAAUUAGGUGCCUACAAGGAUUUUCAAAACCACCUAGGUACCCAACUCCCAUUUUAUAAUCAAAAUUCCACAACCUUCUUAAAAUCUGGACUUACUUUCUACCCAGAUAGUACAUUUAUCAAAGUUUGGAAUUAAUUUGAGAUUUGCCUAUAGAUGAAGUGGCAGCAUCCAGAGUCCCUGUUUUUUAGAAGCAGCAAAUAUCAGUGCCUGGAUAUAUAGUGAGUGUGUGAAAAGGUAUUUAUGUUUUUGAGGGGUGGUGGAGCUGCCUUUUACUUUCUAGUAGGUGGAGUAUAAUAGCUCAGAGUAGAGAACACUUUCAUAAAAUUGGGUUGAGGGGAGAAGACUUCUGCAAACACAGUGAAUCUCAUUUCUUCACAACAUGUAAGCAAUCAACCCAAAAGAGUCAAAUGGCCUUGAAAAGGGUUUGGAGUCUUUGUAUUUUUUAAGUUUUUAGGAACAGCUGCCCUUGAAGUAUGUUCAGCUAAAAGUCUGAAUUUGGGUUGCAGAGAGCGAUCCAGGUAAGUAUCUUGAUCCACUUUCUCACUGUAUUUGAGCUUAGACUCUGGACUUGGACGGUAUCCUCCACCUUUCCCCGAGUCUAAGUCAAAACACAUUGCAAUGAUUGCCAUUAAAAUCUUUAUUGUUAGAUGUAGGUAACUGUUUGCCAUAGUAUUCAUAAUAGAUAAUACUGCAUUAAUGGUAAUUAGGCAAAAAUAAAAACUAUUAAUGAUUAUUAAAGGCAAUCACUCGCUAUUAUACCUGUGCUCCAUAGCAAUGCUUAAAAUCACUGGUGACAUACUACUGAGCAAUCGUGACAGGGGAAAGCAGUGAUGACCAUACGCAGGAAAUGCUCUCCAAGGCCAAGUAGCAAUGUUUCUAAAGCCAGAUAAUUCAUUUAUAAAAGUGUGUGAAGGCCCUAUUAAUUCAGUUGUAGACUUCAGCUUCUGACCGGCCCACGUAAGUUUUUUAUAUACUUAUUUAUUUCCAUAGGCUAUAUCUAAACUGAAGCGUAGUCCAUCCCCUGUACUCUCAGAACCCUUGUCUAUAUUGCACAGAUUUGAAAAAGUUGCCUUGCCUUUUUUCCCCAAGCAAAAGAGCAUGUCCAUCUAUUUUGCACAUACUGUUAACCCCUUAUGGCUGUCAUCUUGUGAAUGCACAGCUUCAAUCUUGGAUCAGCUUUAUUUGUAGAGUUCCUUUUGUCUUGUGGUGCCAAUGUUCUGUCACAGACUUAACAAGUUUUUGGAACAGAAGAAUCCUUAAGUGUCUUUCACCAUGAAAUUCUGUACACACUGUGUACAUAGUAUAUACUUGCAUAUUACAUACCUUUUUUGAUAGUCUCUUGCAUGGAUUUUUCAGGUGCCCUUUAUAAUGUUUUACAGGAAAAUAUAUUGUAUAUAGAGUUUUUAUUGCUGGUGGUAGGAAAUAGAGAUUAGAUCAACACAUUUUUAUGCACUUGGACAAGUAAAUUAUUUUUUGGUGUCUUAGGUUUUUGCAAAACGUAUGUACUUAAUAAAGGAGAAAGACAUAAUUUGAUUUAAAAGAAUCCUACAUAUAUUCUAUUUAAGAUAAGGUAGAAAUCUCUGGCAAAUUGUUCUAGAUUCUGUAAGUAUUAGUUCUGGUCCUUUUACUUGCAAAGAAGUUCUAACUUUCUAUUACCUAUAUUAAACAAUUCAGUAAACCCUCACCAUCUUUUAUUCCUUUCUUUUUGUGAACCUCUUCAAAAUAUUGUAAUAGUCUGCUACUUCUGUCCAGAUUUAAAUCUUAAAUCUGUUUUUAAAGUAACUUUAUUUCUAAGAAUUCCUGUAUAGUUCCAAUGUAACCAACUUGUUACAAUAUUUUGUAAGAGAAUGUGCUUAUUAUAUGUAUUUUAUAAACAAAGCAUGCAUUUUACAAAAUGUGUUUUUAUGACUUUGUUGUUGAUAUUAAUAUUUUGUUAUGUGCAAUUGACAGAGUUUAAAUCAGUUACAUUUUAGGUGUUUUAUUUUCCUACCUGGCUGUAGAAAUGUAUUACUAAUGUGGCCUGAUUCUGUCACCCUUAUUCAGGGUACUACUCAAUGUAUGAGAUUUGUGGCACAAUCUAGCUCAUAGCAAAUCAUUUGAGUACACAGUGUUUUCGUUUAUAAUCAUGUUUACAAAAACCUAGUUGCUUAAAUGUUGAUGAAGAAUAACUGUGUGCCCAAAAUGCCAUAGAGUGUAUGAUAGUAGCAAUCUCUAAGCGGUCACAGUGUAGAAAGUGAAUUUUCUAUCAACUAUGACCUUGGAAUUGAGGUGUCAGAUAUUGCAUUUGCUCACAUAAAACAUGGCGUACUGGUUCUUUCUAUUAACUGUCUGCUGCUCUAAUUUGUAUAUAAAGGAGACUGGUUCACCAAAAUGUACUACUUUUUCAGCUGCCAAUCAAUUUCUGCUUUGUGAGCCAGUGGAAUGUCUAAUGUAAGACAGAAAAAGUGAAUAGUGAUGCAGGACUUCUAAUAGUACAAACCCAUGAAACAUACUGGGUCUGAUCCUUAUGUUUUUAAAUAGGCAAAACUUCCACUGAAGUUGCAUUUAAUCCAGUAAAAGGCUCUCUCUAUAGUGCACAACUCACAAAAAUACCCAGAGGCCUUUGAAAAAAUUACACAGGAGGUACUGCUAUGUUUAACCAAAAGAUGAAAAAUGUAGGAUUUAUGUUUGCAUUUUAAAGUGGUAAAAGGAGGAGACUCGUGUGUAUUUUUACAAUUCUAGAAAAAAGCAUAAUAGCAAUAAUCACCCAGUCUUAAUGCAGAAGGGUUUAUGCCUGUUUUGCCUGUGGGAGAAAACUGGGAUCAGGCCCAAGAUGCAUUGUCCUAUUUCAGUUAAGAAGCAACCAAAAUAUAAAUGCACCACUUGCAUUAGUUAUUGAGGAGAAAUCUACUUGUAAAUAACCCAUGGUUGGAAAAUAGCCUGUUCAGAUAUUUAUAAUAUAUUUUACUAAUCACUAUAGUGAAGUAGAUGUAUUCUAGUAAGAAACUACUGGGUUAAAAAUGUAAUGUACUCAUUCAUUACUACAUGUUUCUAGAUAUAGUCUAAGGUAUUUUGAAGCCUAGAAUAGUUUAAUUCUUGUUGCACUUCAAUUUGUUGACCACUAAAAUUUCAGUGACUUACCACUGCUCUCAAUGUAGAAUGUUUUGCUAUGCACAGUGUUUAAUUUACUAUAGCCUAAAGAAAUGCCAUGCAUGUCUCAGGAAAUCCAAAAUUUAAUCAAAUACAAAAUGUGCUUGAAAUUUUAAAAUUAUAUUAAGUACCUUGUUAUGUAAUUGUCACUCUAAAAGAAGACUGUAAAUUUCUGGCUGUUUUGGUAAAUAAAAUAUCUCUAUUACAAUG